UCAGUGUUCCAGCUAGCAUGAAAUGGAGGGGCGCCGCGCCCCGCCCCCGAAAUUUUGCGCCCCUCUGCCUUUUUUAAGCGCCCCUCUGCCCCUCUGCCCUUCUGGUGCGCCCCUCUGUGCCCUUUUGAAAAAAGUUUAAAAAACGAUCUUUUUUCCUCAUGUCGUCGCCAUUUUGUUGAGUUCUUUAUACACACACUUCAUUAAGACAACAGAUUAAUAUUGUUGACACUUGUUACCUGUAUAUAAUCACCUAUUUGAUUAGAGUCAAUUACUUAAUCAGGUGAAAUUUACGACCCUGUCUAAUCCCUUUGCCCUGAAGCACCAAACAUCCAAGUUAAAUGAGUUGAUUUUUUAACACCUGACGAUGCAAAAUAGAAUUUAUAAAAUAAAUGUGAACGAUGUUCAUUUCUAUUGUAUUUGUUAUUUAUAAAAUAACGUUCAUUAAAAAAGAAUCAUUCCAAUAGUAUAUUGUAAAUCGUCAACACGCAAAAUGCCGACGAAAAAAAGAAAAAUUGACCAACUCGAAAAUGACAAGAAGAAAAUAUCAAAGACUUGCCAGUCUAUUACAUCUUUUUUCAAGAAUAAUGACCAUCAAAGGUAAAAAAAUAAUUUAAUUCUUUACUUUAUGAAAAAUUGAGAAGAAGAAAGGUUUCUAUCAGCUAUCGCAAUUGUUCUUCUAUUGUAAAUUCCGCCGAUUACGGAGCACUCGAAAGUCCGAUUUUUAUAUCAUUUUUCUUAAAUUGAAAUCCGUUUUGACUAACUUUAAUAUUGAUAUUAUUAGAUACGCUCAACAUGAAACAUACGGAGAUGCUUGUUGAAUUGAUAAUAAACUUUCAAAGUUGAAUUAAUUUAUCAUUGUGCCGAUUACGGAGCUCUCGAAAGUCCGAUUUUUGUAUCAAUUUUCUUAUUGAAAUCCGUUUUGACAAACUUAUUGAUAUUGAUACGCUCAACAUGAAAAAUACGGAUAUGCCUGUUGAAUUGAUAAUAAACUUUCAAAGUUGAAUUAACAAACUUAUUUGUUGAAUUACUCUAUUUCUCAAGAUCGAAAUAAAGACAAUUGUCUCAUUGGCACUCUUAUUUAAAUUCCCAACCAAACCUACACAAUUUUCAAUGUAAAGUUUACCCCACUCUCCCUAUCUUCUUUCAGUAAUGAUGGAAAUCAGACCCCUGAAAUUGUAAUUGAGACAACCAAAACUCCUAUACAACCACAAAUACAAGCAAAUGAAGCAGCUCAAGAAAAUCCUAACCCUACACUUCCUUCCUCCACACGAACAAGAAAUCCUAGUGGGAAACACAAAGUUGGUAUAAAUAAUAAUUGGUUGAAACAGUAUUCCUGGUUAUAUUUUGACAAAGACUUUAGUGAGGAUGGAACAUUAGUUGAUGUCAUGCUUUGCAAACUUUGUAACAAGCAUCAAUCACACGGAAGUAAUGGUAGUCAGACAUGGUCUACUGUAGGUUAUAAACUGUUGCGCAAAGAUAAGAUACAAAUCCAUCAAGACAGUGAACAACAUAAAUAUGCAAUAACUUUAGAUAUGGCACACACCAUUGAUGACAUGGCUUCUAAUAUAUCUACUGGUGCACAAAAAGCAGUGAAGGAUGCUCUGAAAGUUCUAUUUUUUAUUCUGCGCCAUCACUUGCCACUUGACUUAUUUGGAUCAACAGUUGAUCUCUGCAUUGAUGUUGGAGCAACAGAUUUAUCUAAACUUCGUUUAGCUAAAAAUGCUACUUAUUCAAGCUGGGAUACAGUUCAUGAGUUGUUGGAAAUAUUAAGUUCAAAAGUACAUCAACUGCUGUUGGAUGAUAUGAAAGCCAGUCCAUGUUAUGCUACAAUGGUAGAUGAAGUUACCGAUAACAGGACAAUUAAGCAUUUAGCUAUUUGUACACGUUACAUUAGCAAGGAUGGUAAAGUUCAAAAUGGAUUCUUAACAGACAUUGAAUUGCCAAAUGCAAAAGCAGAUAACAUAACUGAAGCUAUAACAGAUGAAUUAAGUAGCCGUGAACUUUCAAUUCAAGAUAUGGCAGGAUUUGCAUCAGAUGGUGCAGCCGUUUUUACAGGCCGCAUUAAUGGUGUUUCCAAACAACUGAAGGACCUUAACCCUCACCUUUUGACACAUCAUUGCAGAGAUCACCGUUUAGCCCUUGCCUGUAGAGACAGUUUUAAGCAAAUCCUACUCAUGAAGAAGCUUGACCAGGUGCUUGAAGCUUUAUAUAAGUAUUAUAAAUAUAGCUGCUGCAACACUGAUAGACUUAAAGAAAUACAGAAAGCUUUUGAUCAGGCACCUUUAGCUAUUAAACUAGCAAAACAUCAUCGCUGGCUAAGUCAUGACCAAGCAAUAUCCUCAAUUGCACGAUCAUACAGGUCUCUUGUUGUUCAUUUAGAGUCUGCAGAAAUUCGAACUGAUCCAGUGGGAAAUGGCUUGCUUAAAAAUCUUAAAGAUCCUGCCAUGCUGAAAGCUGUUUUGCUACUUGCAGAUGUGCUGCCACACAUUUGUAGCCUCUCACUUGUUUUUCAGAAGAGGGAUGUUCAUCUUGGCAACAUUAAAACAAGUGUGGAGAAAACUGUCAAUUUGUUGACAACAAGAAAGACCCAGAAUGGCCCAUGGCUUCAAAAAGAGGAACAUUUAAGAAGCACAUGUAACAUUACUGACCCACCCCCAGUAGAUUUUGACACUAAAGUCAGAGAGUGCUUUCUCAAUGGAUUAAUUGAAAAUAUAACAGUUAGAUUUAAGGAUGCUGACACAAUCGAUCAGUUGGCCAUUUUAGAUCUUACAGGAACAGACAACAUUGAAACAAUGUAUGGUUAUACAGAGAUAGAAGCUCUGGCAAAUACAUUUGACAUGGACCCUGAAACUCUCCUUAUUCAAUGGCAGGACUUUAUAGCUCUUGUGUCAUCAGCAGAACUUACAGAUCGUUCCUUACCUAGUCUGCUAGAACUAUUUCAUUCACCUUGUCAUAAGGAUAAAAACCUAUUAUCUAUGUACCCUCUUGUUGCAAAACUAUUCAGUGUUGCAAUAAUACAACCACUCAGUACAGCAGAGGUGGAGAGAAUAUUCUCUCAGGUCAAAUUGAUAAAGACAAGUCACAGGGCAAACUUGAAAACACAGACAUUAACAAAAAUAUUAACUGUAAAAUUAAACUGUGAUGAAACUAAAUUUGAAAAAAUUCUUGACCAAUGUGUGACAACCUUCUUCAAAAAGAAAAACAGAAGACUUGUCAAUGUUGUAUAAUAUUUAUUUGCAUUUGAACUCUUCUUUGAAAAAAUCUGGACUGUAGUUCUGAAAGAGAAAUGAAUAAAGUAAUGACUGUUAGUGC